AUGGACCUUUCUUCUCUUCAAUGCGUGCUCCCCUCUAUACCUUUCUCCAUCCUUCUCCACCGUUCCCCCCUCCUCACAGCCAACCAGUCAGACGCCAUACCAGACCCGAUAAUCCGCCCACCCCCUACCGGCCCCUUCUCGCUCUCCUCCCCCUUACCGCCUCCCAUCCGCGGCCCCAUCGUCCCCGCGCCCCCCGCUCCAUGCUUCGGCGUCACGGUGGCGUAUGUGAUAGAGAGCAUCAUCAACAUUCCCUCCGUGUGGAAUGGGAGUGUGAAGCCAUAUGGCUUCAAAUCCAAGAUCGAGCUUCUAAAUACCGGCAAAAGUGUGAAGCCGUAUGGGUUCAAAUCCAAGAUGGAGCUUCUCAACACCGGCAAGAGGGACCUGGUGGGGUGGGAGGUGAGGGUGGAGUUCGCUCGCAACGAGCUCAUCACGCUGCUGGGCAACGCGCAAGUGGAGUUCGAACUGCCGUACCCUGGAUCCGCGCUGCUCUUCUCCAGCAUUGACGAUCAGAGCGACCGCCUCGUCACGGCGAUCCACGCGGGCGGCGACGUUCGGCAGUAUGUGGUGUUCGCUGAGGUGUUUGGCACGGAGUUUGGGGCGGCGACUGCCAGCAAGGCGCUCCCACGCACGCUCUACCUCACCACACCAGGCUUCCACUGUGCAUCCAACCGCCCUCAGUUCCCAUCUCCCAACAGGAUUCAGGUCUGUUGCAGGGAAACCCCCUACCCGCCUCCCCCUCCUCCUCGCCCGCCUCCCCGCCUCCCCCCGAUCGUCCCCGCUUUAACGGUCCAGAUCGACAUCACAGCAGCGAGCGAUCUGGACCAUCAGAUGCUCGUCACCAUCAGCAACUUGCAACCAGACAGGCGCGUUGGGCCCCCGAGGCACGACCCCUGGGCGCUCAGCUGGCGAUGGACACAGAAUGAGAUUGUGUGGGAAGCAUCUGGCGCACAGGCAACCCAACAGGGCAACUGCCAGCAGCAGUCCGCCUCCUCUGCAGUCUACGGAUCAGCCAUUGCCACCGCCCACUCGUGUUCGCCCCGACCCACCUUUGUGGAUCUACCGGGAGGGGCGCAUGACAGUGAGAGUGGACGGGACCUGGGUGCGACCCUGGGGGUGCGCCUGUCGUGCUGCAAGAACGGGUCUAUUGGACUGCGCUCGUUUCCCUACAACGACCCCGCUCUCGCUCAGUACCAGGGCAACACCUCUCUCGCCCAGUUCCGCCUCCGCAUCGGCCGCACGCGCCAGUUCAAGGCCAUGCCCUCCAUUGCCCCGCCCUUGUGCCUGUUGUCACAUCACAGCAACCCCCCCCCUCCUUCAUGUCUCCCUUCCCAUCAGGGCAACACAUCCUUGGCUCAGUUCCGCCUCCGCAUCGGCCGCACGCGCCAGUUCAAGGCCGUCCCCUCCAUCGCCCCGCCUCGCAACCUUUCCCUCGGCCUCCCGGGAAUAGUCUGCUCCGCUGCCGUCCGCAUUGACCCAACCCAGUUCCCGGUCAACCCCUCCCGCAACCUAUCAGCAGUUGCCACGUGGCGCUACGCCUGCUACCGCGACCCCUCCUUCCCCCCUCCUCGCCCCACCUGCUGCGUGUCGUUCUCUGCUGCAUUCAACAACACGGGCUCGCCCCAGGGCGCCUGGGGGAGCAUCUUUGGCCGCAGCAGCAGCACCGGCAGUGGCAGCGGGCAAUUCUAUGUGUCUCCCUGCAAGACCUGCGCCUGUGGAUGCCCCAGGGAGGCUGUUUCUUCGACUUCCUCCUCUUCCUCCUCCUCCUCCGCGUCCUCCUCCAUUUCCUCCGCCUCUUCCUCUUUCCUAGCCUCGGUUUCUCCUACCUCUCCCUUCUCCCCUCCGUCGCUCUCGAGUCUCCUCCUCGGUGCUCCCUCUGCUGGAAACGGGACGGCGGCUAACAGCAGCAGUUAUCCCCACGUGGGGCUCCGUGAUUGGCCCACGUGUGCUGCUCCUGAUACAAUCUUCGAUACGAUUGGUGGCAGGGGCGAUGUGGUCCCUUCCAAGAAGCUUCCCAGUUGGUAUGGGGAGGACAGGGAUUUUAUAUCUGCCCGGUGCCGCGACAGCUGCCCGAUCCACCUGCACUGGCACGUGGUGGCUGUCUAUGAGGACGGAUUUGUUGCCAAGCUGAGCAUCCUCAAUCGUGGCAACAGCAGCGUCACUGACUGGGUAGCACUCAUCACCCAUCCACUGCACCACCAAUGUUCCCCUGCUUUCCCACCACCGUUUCCCACCCCAUCCCAUCCCAUCCCACCACGCUAUCAGCUGAGCAUCAUCAAUCGUGGCAACAGCAGCGUCUCUGACUGGGUAGCACUCAUCACCCUCCCUUCCAUCGCCAACACCUCUGCCAUCUACUCAUUCGGAUACGCCAACGUGUCUGCCACGUCCCGCGUGCUCUACGGCUUCACAGGCAGCAACAGCUGGCUGGAAGGCACACCGUCUCCCCUCAAGGCACAUAUCUCCCCCUCCCCCUUGCCCCCUGGUGGGCCCCUCCCUAUUCCCCCGCCCCCUCUCCAGCCACGUCCCGCGUGCUCUACGGCUUCACAGACAGCAACAGCUGGCUGGAAGGCACACCGUCCCCCCUCAAGGGGAAGACCUUCGGCAACGUGCAGAGCGUUUUCAAGUUUGGUCUGCUCCCAGGCCUCAACCUCACAGCAGCGGACGGGAAGCACCUCUUCCCCUCACUCCUCUCCUUCGACGGUCACUCCUGCUCCAUGCCGGACCACUUCCCGCUCCUCCCUCCGCCGCAGCCCCCUGCCACAGCCAUUCCCACGCGAUACAUUGCUGUGA